GAAGGGUGAAGAUUCUGCAUGUGCUGGCCCGCCGGUUGUCACGGUUCUGAAAUCAUAAUGGAGCGAAAAAGAAAGAGGUGUGAAGAUCAAAAAAGAAUUACGGAAGGAAACGGAAGAAGGCCGGAAAGAGAACGAUGAGCGAUGGUCCAAAACUCUACACCAGUAAGCCUAAGAAAGCACAGCUGAAGCAGCAUAAGGGCAAUCAGUUCUCGACACCUUCAACAAUGGAAACUCCUCCUCCUCCUCAGCCUCCCAAGGAAUCCUUCGCCAGACGUUACAAGUUCGUGUGGCCACUCCUCUUGACUGUAAAUCUUGCUGUCGGAGCUUACCUUUUUAUGAGGACAAAAAAGAAAGAUACAGGUGCAGAGGAUGUUGAAGCUGUAGUAAAUGUUCCCUCUGCUCCAGUUGCAAGUACAACUACCUCAACUCCGGAAAUACCACCACCUGCACCAUCCAUCAUAGAGCCCCUGAAGGUACGCCAACCCAUUCCUGAGGAUCAGCAGCGUGAGCUAUUCAAGUGGAUAUUGGAAGAGAAAAGAAAAGUCAAGCCCAAGAAUCCUGGAGACAAGAAAAGCAUUGAUGAAGAGAAGGCCAUUCUCAAACAGUUUAUUCGAGCAAAAUCCAUCCCAACCAUCUAGUGAGAAACCUCUUUCUGGUGGCAAUAUAGAGAUUUUCAAAUUUGGAUUAUCUGUCUGGUGUUUGUUCCGAUGGGAAUGUGGAAUUGUGGAUUUCUUAUUUUUGUGGGAUACAAAAUAUUUAUCUAUUUUUCCAAUGGGUUUCCCUUUUGAUCAAAUGUUCUGCUUCUUAUACUGCUGAGGAGCCUAGGAAGCGGUGUGGAGCAAUCAUAUUGAUAUGACAUUAGAGUGACCUUUCAGGCGGACUAAAUUUGUUCAGGUCCUUAAGGAUUGUCUACGCCUUGCAGGCUUGCACUAGUUUUUGUUUGGAAUUUGCUGUAUUUCACUGAUGUGUAGACAUGAAUCAGAUGAGAUGAUUUAGAUUCUGGCAGUGGCUUUGAUUUGCAUUUCUGUUCCCAAG